AUGCCCAAGGAAAAGACCACCCGCAAGGCUGCGCCUAAGAAGACUGAGAAGAAGAAGAAGGUCACAGACCCCAACGCGCCCAAGCGUGGUCUUUCCGCCUACAUGUUCUUCGCCAACGAGCAGCGUGAGAAGGUCCGCGAGGACAACCCAGGCAUCAAGUUCGGCGAGGUCGGCAAGCUUCUCGGUGAGAAGUGGAAGGCACUCAACGACAAACAGCGUCAGCCCUACGAGGCCAAGGCUGCUCUAGACAAGAAGCGCUACGAGCAGGAGAAGGCUGCUUACACGGCUGCCGAUGAGGAAGAGGAAGAGUCCGAGUAG